GAAGCUUUUGGUAAAUGGUGAGGGCUGCAGGAUUUCCUUUCUUCUGGAUUCACCUUUGGAGACCAGGACCUUGGACUUACUGUGAAACUUGUGUUAAGCUCGGCUUCAGGUCUCUAUUGUUCAAGGCCUUCCUGUAUGUAGGAUUUCAUCAUGCCUCCAUGUGGGUUUAAUAUGAAGUAAAUCCGAGGGAUUCCUGGAUAUCCGGACUUCACGCCAAUGUUUGAUACAGGGCAAUGUAGAGGGUGAUCCCUGUGGUGCCAUGAUGGAGUGCAGCCCAUCCAGAUGGCUUAAAGAAAAGAGGGGCUCCAAAGAGGUGGUCCUUGUGGUGGUCUUUGUAGCUCUACUCCUGGAUAAUAUGCUUUACACAGUGGUUGUUCCCAUCAUUCCAGAUUUCCUCUAUGGGAAAUUAUUUGAGACUAGAAACACAUCUCUGGAACGGAUGGCUUCAUCAUCUUCAUCUUCUGUUUCCAAUGCUUCUAUUUACUCUUCAUAUGACAAUGCCUCCAUCUUAAGUGACGAAUCAGAUUAUCAAGAGAUUGCUAAGACCCAGAAAGCCCUCAACAAUUCAAGCUGCAACAUGGAAACGAGUGUCCUGCAACAAGAAAAUACCCAAGUUGGUCUUCUGUUUGCAUCCAUAGGAAUAGUACAACUUAUAGUCAACCCCAUAGUCGGAACUAUUACCAACAGGGUUGGAUAUGAUAUACCACUGUUUGUUGGAUUUAUCAUCUUGUUCUUGUCUACUUUACUUUUUGCCUUCGCUGACACAUAUUGGCUAAUGUUCUUUGCAAGAUCGCUACAGGGAGUUGGAUCCUCAUUAUCCACUGUUGCAGGUUUGGGAAUGCUAGCAGAUAUAUACCCUGAUGACUAUGAAAGAGGGAAGGCCAUGGGCAUUGCACUAGGAGGCCUGGCAGUGGGUGUGCUCGCUGGCCCCCCCUUCGGUUCAGUCAUGUAUGAGUUUGUUGGGAAAGCGUCUCCGUUCUUAGUGCUGGCUGCUCUUGCUCUGCUAGAUGGAGCUCUACAGCUCUGUAUGCUGCGAUUUGCCAAGUUUGUUCCAGGGAGCAUUCCACCAACAUCCUACUUAACACUUCUCAAGGACCCUUACAUUGUACUGGCUGCAGUGGUUCUUUGUAUUCCUUCUACGGCUAUCGGAGUUAUGGAUCCCACCCUGCCCAUAUGGAUGCUGGAAACUAUGUGCUCGCCCAACUGGCAAUUAGGUUUGGCUUUCCUACCUGCCAGUGUUUCAUUUCUCCUAUGUACCAACCUGUUUGGUACUCUGGCAUACAAGAUGGGGAGGUGGCUGUGUGGACUUGUCGGGAUGAUAAUCAUGGGAGUUGGUCUCUUAUUGGUUCCACUAGCUUCCAAUAUAUAUGGUCUUAUUGGUCCUAUGGCUGCCACUGGUUUUGCCUUUGGAAUGGUUGAUGCAUCACUCGUGCCUAUAAUGGGACAACUGGUAGAUCUACGUCAUACAUCUGUGUAUGGUGGAGUAUACGCCAUUUUGGGCACUGCCCUAUGCUUGGGAUAUGCAUUGGGACCUCUAUGUGGUGGUGCAAUUGCAGAAGCCAUUGGAUUCCCCUGGUUAAUGACAAUCAUUGGAUUACUGAACAUUAUCAUUGCUCCUCUGUGUCUUUUGCUUAGAAACCUACCUACCAAAGAAGAGAAAAUGGCCAUUUUAAGUCCUGAAUGUCCUAUGGAAACCAAGACCUACAUGGCCCAGUUCAACACCCCAGAUCUACCGUUCUCUAAUGACCACAGAAGUAAUGAAGAUAUCAGCACCCACAGGACUAUAAGGAUCCCUCACUGAUCAGACUGUUGCCUUGCUUUGGUUUCUGAGAACAUUGGAAUGCAUCAGCCAAGGAGCACCUUACACCCAGACAUUAUUCAGGAUUAGAAAAAUAUGGUUGCUUUCUUCUAAAAACACCAUGACAUGG